AUGUUCGGGCCUUUAUUGCGAAGAAGCAUUCUUCAGGGAUCUGCAUCGCGAACUUGGAAUUGCCUUACUAAUUUUACUCAACUGCUUUGGUGUAAAUUGAAAUAUUUACGUGAACUUAGGAUGCCGCGCACUCGUAGGAAGCACUACGCAUCACAUUCGCGGUCACGGUCGUAUGAAGCAAAGCGUCGGCGAUUAGACGAGGGUGUCAGGGAGGAGUCAUACAGAAAACGUAGCCGCAGUAGAGAUCAUGACAGG